UUCUAAUCUUGGCCCUGGCAGGAAUGUGGCUGCAUGCCGGGCCCAAGGAGCUAUUUUGGGGGCUCCUCUGCCUCCCCCAGUCUUUGGCCAGUGUCACCCCUGGGCUUGGCUCCUGAGGGCCUCCCUUCCCAAUUCUCUCACCACCCCUUCCCCACCUCCUGCCAAAAAAAAGAGUGUAAAGCAGAAGGCCUGAGGGCUAAAUUUAAACUGUCCCAAAGUCUGACUCCCAGCUGAGUCACCCACAAAGCUGUCCUGGCCUCCUGCCCCCCUUCCCAGGCCUCACCCCUUCCUCCUCCCCCCAACUCCGGGGCUUGGGAGGAGUGUUCCAGGUCACUGGCCCUUAAUUGGCCCCCUCUGGGGAAUGGGAGGGCUCAUCUGUGGCCCGUCACACCUGUUGCUUUAGCUUUCCUCUGCACUCCGCCUUUUAUUGGGGGGCGGGGUGUUGAAUGGUUGAGAUUCUCUACCCCCCAGCCUCACACUGAAGCAUUCUGGGGGGGCCUGGCUUGUGAGGGGUUAAGGCUGGUAGGCGGGAGGGGGCUGGUCAAGGGGUGGGGAGAAGAGGAGGAGGCCUUUGCAGCCUGCAGAGAGAAGUGGCCAGAGGCCCAGGGGACAGCCAGGGACAGGCGGACAUGCAGCCAGGGCCUUGGGGCCUGAACAGGGGCUGCCAGGCCCCGUGACGAGAGGACCCCGAGCCCCUGGCCCGGGGAGGGGGCCAUGGUGCUGCCUGCCCGACAUGUCAGCCGAGGUGCGGCUGAGGCGGCUCCAGCAGCUGGUGCUGGACCCCGGCUUCCUGGGGCUGGAGCCCCUGCUCGACCUUCUCCUGGGCGUCCACCAGGAGCUGGGUGCCUCCGACCUGGCCCAGGACAAGUAUGUGGCCGACUUCUUGCAGUGGGUGGAGCCCAUCGCGGCGAGGCUUAAGGAGGCCCGGCUGCAGAGGGAGGACUUCGAGAUCCUGAAGGUGAUCGGACGCGGGGCGUUCAGCGAGGUCGCGGUCGUGAAGAUGAAGCAGACGGGCCAGGUGUACGCCAUGAAGAUCAUGAACAAGUGGGACAUGCUGAAGAGAGGCGAGGUGUCGUGCUUCCGCGAAGAGCGGGACGUGCUGGUGAACGGGGACCGGCGCUGGAUCACGCAGCUGCACUUCGCCUUCCAGGACGAGAACUACCUGUACCUGGUCAUGGAGUACUACGUGGGCGGGGACCUGCUGACGCUGCUGAGCAAGUUUGGGGAGCGGAUCCCGGCCGAGAUGGCGCGCUUCUACCUGGCGGAGAUUGUCAUGGCCAUAGACUCGGUGCACCGGCUGGGCUAUGUGCACAGGGACAUCAAACCCGACAACAUCCUGCUCGACCGCUGCGGCCACAUCCGCUUGGCCGACUUCGGUUCCUGCCUCAAGUUGCGGGCUGAGGGAAUGGUUCGGUCGCUGGUGGCUGUGGGCACCCCCGACUACUUGUCCCCCGAGAUCUUGCAGGCCGUGGGCGGCGGGCCGGGGACGGGCAGCUACGGCCCCGAGUGUGACUGGUGGGCUGGCGUGUUCGCCUAUGAGAUGUUCUACGGGCAGACGCCCUUCUACGCCGACUCCACGGCCGAGACCUACGGCAAGAUCGUGCACUACAAGGAGCACCUUUCCCUACCGCUGGCGGAUGCAGGAGUCCCCGAGGAGGCCCGCGACCUCAUCCAGCGGCUGCUGUGUCCCCCGGAGACGCGGCUGGGCCGGAAUGGAGCAGGCGAUUUCCAGAAGCAUCCUUUCUUCUUCGGCCUCGAUUGGGAUGGUCUCCGAGACAGCGUGCCUCCGUUUACUCCGGAUUUUGAGGGGGCCACCGACACGUGCAACUUCGAUGUGGUGGAAGACGGGCUCACUGCCAUGGAGACGCUGUCAGACAUGCGGGAAGGCAUGCCGCUGGGGGUCCACCUGCCUUUUGUGGGCUACUCCUACUCCUGCAUGGCCCUCAGGGACGAUGAGGUCCAGGGCCCCAUGCCCAUGGAACUGGAGGCCGAGCCGUUGCCUGAGCCACCUGUGCAAGAGCCCAGCCUGGAGCCCAGGGUGCCCCCACCGGAGGAAAAGGUGAGUUGUUGGAGGAAAGGCAAAGAUUUCCAGGGUAGCGCGUGCCAUGGAGCACUAAGCCCUCUGAGAGCUGACUCACAGAGACGGAAAAUGUGUUACUUCCGUCAGAGACGACCAGAGGGCAUUGAGUGUGUGUGCAGGGGACUCUCUGGGCAGGGGAAGCCCUGCAGAAGGAGGGGGACCACCCAUGGGAAGGAAAGUGCCCACUGGUUAGCAGAGAAGAGUUUCAGGGCAAAGGCCCUGAGGUGGGAACCUAGCUGGUUUGUGUUUCACGGGGGGUCCCCAAGUCCCCGGGCCACGGGAUCCCACCCUUCCCAUCUAGAUGGCCCCCCGGCCGUGGCUCUGGGCCAGUGCCCGCUGGUGGGGCCAGGCCCCAUGCACCGCCGCCACCUGCUGCUCCCUGCCAGGGUCCCUAAGCCUGGCCUAUCGGAGGCGCGUCCCCUGUUCCUGUUCGCCGCUGCUCUGGCUGGUACCGCCGCCCUGGGCUGCACUGGGUUGGUGGCCUGCGCAGGCCAUCCCGCCCGGGUCUGGCGCCGCCCAGGAGCCGUCUUCGUCCCCUGAACUUUAGAGCCCCGGCCCGUCCUCCACUCGGGCCCCGCGGGAGGGUUGGGUGACGCGCGCUCGGCCCAGAAGCCACUCACAUCGCCUCCCGGCUCACCGCUCCAAGUGUGCGCCUCCACCCCAGCUGCAGCCUUGUGAUCCGGCCCGCCCCCUGGCGGCCGGGGAGGGAGGAGCCGGGCCCGAGGCCGGAGCGCGGGGCUCACAGGCGGCCUGUAACCCGAAGUGGUGCUGUGGGUGGAAGGCGGACCACUUCCUCCAGCCUGGCUGAGGCCGCGACGUGGAUCGGCAAACUGCGAUCGAGAGAAGGCAGCAGAGCCAGAGCUCAGCCAUCUCUUUUUCACCCUCCACGCACCCCACCCACAUCGGCUCGAAAACCACCAACCCUUGUGCAUGAAGCCCUGCUCGCUCGUUCUCUGCGAGAGAAUGUCUAGCUCGAGCCCCGCUGCUCUCGGGAACCGUUCGCUUGUAUUAGCCCCGCUUUUUCGGGGCCUCCCGCGCCCUCCUCACGUGCGCUGCUCUCGGAGCCUCUGCCGGCUCCUCCCGCCUCGGCGGUUUGGGUAUUUAUUGACCUGUCCCCCGACCAGCUGAAGGCUCCAGGACCCUAGCACCCUAAUCCACGUUUUGGAUGCACUGAAACCCCGACCUUCCUCGGUAUUUAUUGUCUCUCCCCACCUAGGAACCCCACCCCCGACCCUUGUGAAUAAAAGGCUCCCUUGUCUGCCCCAAGCUCUGAA